UUUUUGGAAGAUUGGUGAACUCAUGCCAAGACAGGAUACAUUUUGUUAGGACAAUGCACGCUCUUUGCAACAAAAGCUAAACUAGUUAAAAGUAUGUAAUCACUAAUAUAAAAUGUCCAGAUGUUCUCUUAGCUUCUCUGAGUAUAAAGCUUCUUCUUUAAGAAAAAUCACACCUAGUAGGUUCAACAUGAGAUUCCCCCACAUUAUCUCGACUGUGUUAGUAGUAGUAACAACGCUUCUUGUAUGUUGUUCUACAUCCGUUUUUGUCCAAGCCAACAAUUAUGGUGGCUUUACCGCCGAUCUCAUCCACCGAGAUGCACCAAAAUCACCCUUCUAUGAUCCCCUCUUAACCCCUUCUCAACGCCUAAAGAACACUUUUCGUCGUUCAUUAGACCGUGCGAAUCAGUUCGCAUCAGCAAGUGUAAUCGUUAGUGGUGGUGAAUAUCUGAUGAAGAUAUCUUAUGGGACGCCACCAUUUGAAACACAGGCAGUUGUUAACACUGCUGAUGCUUCUACAUGGACCCAAUGCCUACCUUGUACUCAAUGUUCCCAGGAAAAGUUCCCUCGUUUUGAUCCACAAAAUUCUUCCACAUAUGAGUCUGUUUCUUGUCAUUCAAGAACAUGUGACCAAUUUUCAAGUUCCAUGUGCACGCAGGACAGUUCAGCUUGUGCUUUCUUUGUACUUUAUGGAGAUGAUUCUAACGUUUAUGGCGAACUUGCAAGAGAAACUAUAACUUUGGAAGGAUCUGCUGGGGAUAGGGUGUCUUUCCCUGACUUUAUUUUCGGAUGUGGACAAGGUGGUGACUUUCCUAAGGAGGGAUCUGGCAUUGUUGGCCUAGGAUUCCAGCACCAAUCACUGAUCUCACAAUUAAAUUCCUCACUAAAUGGGAAAUUUUCCUAUUGUUUUGGUCCAUCCAAUGAUGUCUCCAAGCCUGGAAAAAUCGGAUUCGGUAACAAUCCUGAACUCUUGGGAAGAGAAGGGGUGGUCUCAACGCCGCUACAUUUUGAUUUCACAUACAGCCUGAGACUAGAAGCCAUUAGUGUUGCAGAUACAAGAUUGGAGUAUCAUUAUGAUACACCCUCUUCAACAUCAGGCAACAUUUUCAUAGACUCUGGGACACCUUAUACUUUUCUUCCACAAGAACUCUACAGUGAUUUUAAAGCUGCCAUACAACGUGAAAUUGGGUCACAGAAUAUAGUGGUCGACCAAGAACAUGACUUUACAUUGUGUUACUCAUCUCUGCUUGACAGUAAUAUUCCCAAUGUCACGUUACAUUUUACAGGUGCAGAUUUGAAGUUGAACCCAGAAAACAUCUUUGAUAGGGCCUCAUCUUCUCCAGUGUGCCUAGGAUUUGCCCCAAAUGACAUUGGCAUACUUGGAAAUAUAGCACAGGCUAACUCUUGGGUACAAUAUGACUUGGGAAACAAAAUUAUCUCCUUUAAGCCAGCUGAUUGCACCAAAUGAGUCGCAAUAUACAGAAAUUUAGGUACAAUAUGCUUGGGUUUGAUCUGAAGGAAAGUAUGAAUAAGCACCAGUCACGGGUCAUGUCCUAAAACAUUAGAGGAAUCUCGAAAUCUGUUUCACUUGUCCAAUUUUUCAACGACAAUCAAACCCUUUUGAAUUAAAUGUUCUAUGUUAGCAUGAGAGGACGAUUUUCCUUCUACUUUUCUUCUCUCUCAUACUCUAGUACAAGUUCCUUCCUGAACUAGUUCAGAUUGUUCUCCAAGGACAGACUUGGUAUGAAUUGAAAACGUAUAAUCUAAAUUAACAAGAAACCGAGUACACUAAAAUAUAAACCGCACAAAAGCGGAGACAGGUAGAACCUUUUGAAGCAAAUAGAACAUCAAACCUGGUGUGGUGUCAUAUCUUUGCCUUGACUGAUGCAAAUAUCAAAUUCUACAAUAUAAUCAAAUUGGAAUUGUUCUUAUGCUUUUGUUAAUUAAUCAUGACACAAGAGUUGAUGAAAUCAUAUAGCAGCUGAAUUUCACAAACAGGAGGGUCAUGCACUUUACUAUGGUUAAAACGAUGCAUUUUCGACUAAGAUUUGAACAACUGCUAUCCAACCAUAUUCUUUUGUAGCAUUCUCUUUUUAAUACUCUGCUCCACAUGAUAUUUUAGUUUCUUCUUCCUCUUAAUGGAAUUUAAUUUUGUUGAAACAAUUUCCCCACAAUGGAGUAAGUAAAUAUUCAUUGAGUAAAAG